AAGAGAAAAUGUCUUUGAUAAAUUUAGGAUCGAUAAAAAUUCUUAUUUGUGAGCAUUCUUUAUUUUAUGGCAACUUUAUUCAGCAGUCAGGCUAGUCUCGUAAUCCGUGUGUGACUUUUGAGUUUAUUUUUUUAAUUUCUGAGCGAAAUUUUAAAAUGUAUACUGUCUCAAAAGGACCUAGCAAAAUAGUGGCUAAAACUCGAAGAGGUCUAUCACAGAAUUUAGAAAGAUUAGACAGUCGUAAGGAUCAUAACAGGAAAUCUUCAGAGUCUGAUAAUGGAGAAGUCGUCAACAUGCCCAAACCUAUCUUUCAUUCCAAUGGCAAAAAGACACUACACCAGAGAAUACAACACCAUGUAAUCACACCACAACAUGAAGAAAUUAUUAGAUUUAUAAGUGAAACUUGGACACAAUCGGCCUAUGGUGAAAGUGAGCCAUCAUCACCUACCAGCACAAUUGGAUCAGGAAGUUCAUCACCGGCCCCGCCCUCAAACCUGUAUUACCAAGAUGACGCUCCCAGCUCCAUCCUGCGGGACUUCAAGCCCUUCGACCUGGAGACGUGGUGGGGCAAGCGUCUCUUCCAGAACAUCACCAGCUCACUCUGAGUGUACACAGCACGACAGCACACAGGGGGAACACGAAAA